CCAGUGUCGCCUGUUCCCUCACGUUUUAAAAACGUGCCAGCUUGCAGGUUACUGCUAAUGUGUGUGAAGUAAGUGCAGUGAGGUGAAGAAUAUUAACGCGCACGUGAACGUUGGAUCGUCUACUGGGUGGAGCGCAAUAGUAGCGAACCCAUUCGCGUCAAGAAACGCGCGUGUUUUGUGUCGUUUGCGUAUCACAAACCAGGAAGAACAAACCGGAUGAAGUAAUAUAAUCAACCGGAGCCGGGUUACGGGAGAAUAGCAUCACAUAAAACAAAAUCAUCGACACGGCACAAAAACUCCGCACGGGAAGUUCAACUCUUCGACAGACACAGCACACAUACAGAUAGAGCAAUCUCGUUCGAGCAAUCAGUCCAGAACAUUGGAGGAUGGAAAAACCGAAGGCAAACGACGCGACAUCGGCUGUUCCGGCAGGUUCUCCCUCGUCGAAAGGCGUUCACCGCUAUGCAGUUAAUACGGAGAAAAGUGGUGAAAUCAUCGUCACAGUGCAGGGCGAUCUUUCACAACAGGAAAAGCGAGCCGUCUUCCUUACCGUGCAUGAUCUCGGCACGAACCAUUCUUCGUUCGAAGAGUUCGUCAACAGUGCGUGCAUGAUUGAAAUCAAAGAACGGUCGUGCUUCAUCCACAUCGAUGUACCCGGGCAUGCGGAUAAUGCGCCCAAUUUGGCCGACUCGUUCCAGUUUCCUACGCUGCAGCUGUUGGGCGAAGAGUUGGUCACGGUGCUUGACUUCCUGCACGUGAAGUACGUGAUCGGUAUCGGUGAGGGUGCGGGUGCAAACGUACUGGCCCGUUUCGGACUCGCCCAUCCAUCCCGGUGCCUCGGGCUCAUACUGAUCAACGUAACCGGUUCGGCCGCGUCCGUACUGGACGUGUUCAAGACGAAGUUUAUCUCGUGGAAGGGUGACGAAGUUGGCCAAUCGGCCGAGGAUUUCCUGCUGUAUCACAAGUUUGGCUACCAACUGGUGGGUGACAAUCCGGACAAGGAGAAGAUUGUGUCCGAGUUCCAGAGCCGCCUGCACAGCUCGCUGAACAGCAAAAAUCUAAAGCAAUACGUCAAAGCAUUUAUGUCACGCAAAGAUUUACCUCUGAAGAACUGUAAGGUUGAUUUGCUGCUGAUCACUGGUAUUAUGAGCCCGUACGCUAGUGUCGUCGAGAAGCUGUACAAGGAUCUGAACAAGGAGAAGGUCACACUGCUCAAGGUGGAACGAGCUGGCGACGUGUUGGCCGAUGCUCCCGCCAAAGUGGCUCAGUCCAUUCUGCUGUUCUGCAAGGGCCAGGGUUUGCUAACCUCGGUGGCGAUGCCCGGUGUCGAUCGGAACCGUGCGUUCUCGACCAGCUCCGGCGGUUCAACCGAAGGAUCGACCGGUGCGAGACGUCUGUCCCGUGGCAUGUCCAUGGAGGACUACGAUAAGCCCAACAUUCGACGACUAAGCGUUACGAUCAACGAGCAGUUACCACCGAUCAAGAAAUAGAACGAGCUGAUACGGUCGAGUAACGCCGGUGCAGAAAUAGACGAAGAGGAGCCGGACGGAGCGGAAGACGAGUGAGGACGGACUUUGUCUUUUGCUACGGUUCACUAUUUCCUGUGGCCACUCGAUAGUGUUGCGUAAGUGGAGGCGUGAUCGCAAUAACACGCGGCAAACGAUAUCAGUUUCGCUAAAAAGUUCGAAUUUUCUACAACAAAACAAAACAAAACCACCAUUUUUAAACAAACAAACAACAAAAACUAGACAUAAAACAAUAUCUACUUCCCACAACAAGAAAAAACCUAACGUAGAGAAAGUAUAUGAAACCACCAAACGAUUAGCGCAUAAAACACAUACACUACUCCCUGGGAAAAUGUUUUUUAUCUAUAAAUGUAGACCACAAACAGUCAAAGGACCUUUGUAACCUCAGAACCAAAACAAAUCGUUAAAAACAACACUGUGGCUUGCUUUAUUGUAAUCGAAACAAAACAAAAUAUAAACAGUGCAUCGUAAACCCAAAACGCUCUCAUGGCACAAUUUCAACUGUAGUGAAAACAUAGCAAUAUCUUGUAAGGCUUUAUGUCGGGUUGAAGUCUUUGCGUGCAUAGCGUGCGCAUUGCCCGUAGCGCUAGUUUUCAGAAUCAUCCAGGCGAGCAAUUCACUUCUACGUGGCUACUGAUGCUGCUUCAAUUUGAUAGCGAUAUAUUCGUACGUAACGAUUUGUAUGAUUUCUAGAGCCUAUAUAUACACUCACACACUCGUAAACAAACUUACUAUACAGCAGAAGUAUAUAUACAACUAUUUAAAAAUGGGCCACUCUAGGGGCCACGUUUGAUCGUAGAAGAGAGAGAUAAAGAAAGAGAGAGCGGAAGUGAGAAAGAACGGAAGAGUGGAAGAGAAUGCAGUAACAGAGAAGAAAGGAAAAUGGUAUAAUAACUCGUAACAUAUAGUAAGUAGCGAACGGAACCAUCGUUGAAACGUUUCAUCUUCAUAACAUAAUAAGAAGGAUAAAAGGACAGAGAAGGAAGCGAAAAUCUACCAAAAAAAACAUUAAACUAUACACAAAAAUAUAUACAUGAAGCCUAUAUUUUGUCUCUUAUUUUUGUACCUUGAAUGAUACGAUGACUGUGGCAAUGCAAAAAAAGGAGAAAUCUACAGCACAUAACAAAGACAGCAAACGGAGCAAACACUCACGCAGCCGAAAGAAGAUAGAACGCAUAAAAGUCUUUCUAAGUAUUCCUUGAUGUCAUAAGAAAAUAAGCAACAAAACAAAUAAAAAACGAAGCCAAAUGGAAAGAAGGAGAAAAUGAAAACAUAGCAGACAAACAGAAAAGGGAGAGAGAGAGAGAGAGAGAGAGAGUAAAAAACAGUGAUUCAAAAGCCAACACAAAAUAACAAAAUAUGCCAACAGUGUUUGAUGCGUAAAAGUUUAGACAAAGGACGGAAAUAUUAACGAACAAACCACAAACAAACCGGUAGUAGCUCUAUUCGAAACAAAGUGCUGACGCUUGGUUGGGAAAGGUAGAAAAGAAUGCAAAAACAAAGAAAUUGCGCCGGGAACGCAAAUUUAUAGACAAACACUCGUAAAAAAAAUGAAUUCUCCCUUUUAGGAAAAACGGGCUGACGUUGACGUUAGACGUUCCUCGUAAAGAGAGCAGCGAACGAAGGGAAUACAGCUUCAUUUUACGAUCGUUCACGUUGCAAAGCGUGAUCGGGAGACAGUAACACUAGAGGAAGCACUAGCAACCAUGUGUUCUAUUGGAUCUAAGUUUAAAUGAUUCGGCUAAUGGUUUAAAAAUUGAAAACGAAAACAAAUUAUGUGUGACUAAAAAAAAGAGGUAAAAGCACCAGCUAAACAGCUAAAUUCAUACGCGGAGUUUGAUGCUGUUUGGCGAAGUUAUAUGUAGAUGAGGGAUGAUUCACAUCCAAGGAUGGAUAAAAAUCGAUGAAUACCAGCACCGAUCGUGUAACGAGGAUACAAUCCUCAAAAAAAAAAAACAAAAGCAAAAAUCCAUGUUCUGCUAAUUAAAACCAAUAAUCAUUGCAAACCAUAACA